AUGCGCCCGUGGACGAGAACAAGCAUUGCGUUACGCUCCUGGAAGCCAGCCCGCGCAGCCACACUGACCAGAGCACCGAUCCAACUGUCCUUUUCUCGAUCGCCGUUUGCCACCACGAGCGGAGCCAUGGCGCCGGCCCAGAUCAACGCAGCCGACCUGACGCUGCUGUACCCGACGUCGCUGAAGCUGGACGUCAGCUCGUUCGAAAGCUUCUCGGUCGCGCUAGUGCCGUACGACGUGCGCGCGCCGAUUCCCGACGAGCACGCGGACGCGGACAUUCUAGUGACGUGGACGAACACGAAUCUCAAGGACGCGGCCGGCCGACUGCGCCGCGUGCGCUGGAUCCAGUCGCUGGCGGCGGGGCCCAACGACGUGCUCGGCGCCGGCUUCGACCCGACCCAGGUGGUGAUCACGACCGGCUCGGGGCUGCACGACCACACGGUGGCCGAGCACACGCUUGGGCUGCUGCUCAGCAGCGCGCGCCGGCUGCACGAGAUGCGCGACAGCCAGCUGCAAGGCCGCUGGCCAGGCCAUCUCGGCGGCCCCCAGCCGGAUCGGCCGGCCGAUCGCUUCACUACCCUCCGUGACGCUCACGUGACCGUCUGGGGCUUCGGCAAUAUCGCCAAGGCGCUCGUGCCGAGUUUGCGGCUGCUGGGCGCUCACGUGACCGGCGUCGCCCGCAGCGCCGGCGUGCGCGACGGCGUCGAGGUCGUCGCCGAGGCGGAUCUGCCGGCGCUGCUGGCCCACACCGACGCCCUCGUCAUGAUCCUGCCUGGCUCUGAUGCCACGCGCCAUGUCCUCAACGCCGAUCGUCUCCGCCUGCUGCCUGCUCACGCGUGGGUCGUCAACGUCGGCCGUGGCUCCUGCAUCGACGAGGAAGCGCUCGCAGAUGCACUCGACCAGGGCCGUCUCGGCGGAGCUGCCCUCGACGUCUUCGAGACGGAACCCCUCCCCCCCACUAGCCGGCUCUGGAAGACGCCCAAUCUUGUCAUCUCGCCCCAUGCCGCCGGUGGCCGCCCCCAGGGCGCCGAGCGCCUCAUCGCCGAGAACCUGCGCCGCUUCAUCGCUGGCCAGCCGCUCAAGAAUGUCAUCUGA